AAACAGACAGUUGACGCUACAGCAGCAGACGACGACGUUUUGAACUACAACAUGAUUUUCAUUGCAGCAUUUUUGAUUGGUGUAGUCACCUCAAUUCCUCUCAGUGAGCGAUAUUGUGACGACACAACGAGCCUGGCCUUGGUAUACGGCCUAAAUGAAAAGUCUGUUGAGAACAGACCAUUCAGUGAGUUCAUGAGACUUCUGGAGAUCGAUCUCAACGACAUCCUCAGCAAAGAAGACUUGCUGAUCCUGCUGGGAGAUCGAUGUAGAAGUAAAUCCCUGACGCUUGAUUGGCUGCUUACACAAGCAGAGACCGCAUGUCCACACCCACACAAGAUAAGGAGCAUUAUUGAACCAAGUGGCGUCAUCUGUCAUCAAAAUGGCGACUUGACUGAACUAACCAAAAAUGCUCUCGGAUCCUUUGUACGGGUGAAUAAAUCAAUUGAAUGUUCAUCCGCAUACAAUAACAUAAUGACGGACUGUGAGACGGAUGCCCUGUUUGACGUUGCUGUUCCUUUGUAUCCUGAACGGACGUUGGAAACUGACAUGGAAACAAAAAACAUUCAAAGCAAAGCUGCAAUCCGCUGUAUGUUACCUCGGGUACAAAGCCUGGCUCCUGGUUGUGGAACCGUUGCAGACCUUAAGACGUACUCGCUUGUGUCGGAACUCCUACAAAAACAACCUUUCAAACUCCGAGGGGAGGUGGAAUUUGAAGACUUUGCCGACCUCAUGGCAUAGAUAUGAAAAAUGAAAGUCAAAAUCAUUUCAUUCAAGUAAUUUUAAAAAUCAGUCUUAAAUCUUUAUUGCAUUUCAAAAAAGAAAAACUUUCCACUUUCAUAAAUUCAUCAAUUUCGUUCUAUCAAAAAAUUAUUCGAAAUUUGUAUAUUUUUACUUUUCGAGUGCUGAUUUCUUCUUCGCAUGUGACUGAACUUCUUUUUCUGUGUAAACAAUUUGCUAUGAUAUUUCAUGUUUGAUUUAUUUCUGAAAAAUAAACAUCCUUCGGUUUACUUAGUUUCCGAUUUACGCAUAUUUAUGGCUUCCUGAUGAAGAUCAAUAUUUGUAUGUUUUGUUGAACGACAAACCUUUAAAUAACCUGCAGCUGCUGUGUCAGGAAUACUGCAUUUGCUGGCAGAAGACUGAUAGAGAGCUUUGGAUACUGCAUAAAUCAAAUUUGAAAAUCAAAUCAAAUUUUUCAAAAGAGGAUAAAAUAUGCUCUAUCUAUGGCGCAACUAUCGAAACCUUAGUUUAGGAAAAACCUGAAGUUUACCUAACAGAUUACGUAACAAUAAAACGCAAUAAAAUAUUAAUAAAUGCUGUAAAAUAGUU